AAAACUUCAUUUAAAGUUUACAUUAGUGAUGGUUUGAGAGAAAAGCAUUUAAAACCAUAGUUUGCUUAUUUUCGUACGUUUUAUGCUCUGAUUCAAACACGAAAUAAAACCUCUUUGCAUUUAAAGUCAUAGUUUAUAUUUGUUGUGCCAUUACGCGAAUUUAGCCCAAAUACCGCAAAAUUGCAAUUGAUUCAAAACCUCAAACAAACAAAACCCUGGAGUUAUAAAUAGGAUAUUAAAAGUAUUCAGUUUCUAUUUGCUGAAAUUGUUAUACCUGCAAACUCGUCAAACCUUAUCUUUACAAAAAAUCAAAAAUUUGUGAAUCGGAAUUGAUUAUUAACAACGAUCUAAUAAAUAUUUUGGGAAAACAUCCUUUUUAUUAGGCUAGUUUUUGAGGUUUAGUUAAAUAGUUUCAGAACCAAAUAAUAAGUUAUUGUCGCAAUGGCAUCCAACUUGUCGCUUCGAGGCUUCUUUGGUCCUGACAACUUCUUCAUCGUAGGUCUGUUCGUGACUCUGUGUGCUCUGGUGGCUGGUGGCUUCAGCCAGUACAAGGACUGGUUCUCAGUCCGCACCCCAAGGGAGCCCUCGUUCAGUGUGUGGCAUGUAUGCUACAAUGGCAACUGGGGUGUCUGUGUCGACCCAAUGUCCUUGGACAACCAGUACGACUACGGACCCGCGGUCAUUUCUUCUAGAAUAUUCCUGCUGCUGUCAAUCACCACCCUCCUCUUCCUCUCCAUCCUCGCGUCUGGCUCCCUCUGGGGCUCGCCCAAAAUAAACUCGGUCAGCCCUGUCAUCUUCGUCGUCUUGUGCGUACUGGCCCUUGUGUUCCAAACUCUUGGAAACUCCAUCUUCGAAGGGGCAGUUCGACUCCGAGUCACGGGAUACGUCACUCCGUACGGGAUGCCACGAAUUGAUUCGGACUUCGGGUGGGCCGGCUACAGCGCCUGGUUGUCGUUCCUCCUCACAAUCGUCAGCACUGGAAUAUAUGGAAGCUAUUCGUUUUGUGCCCAACGAACCAUGGACGAGAUGGAAAAACUGGGCGACCAUGACGAGGAGUAAAAUCAGGAGAAAUUGACAUGUGAAAUGGUUUCAUGCGAUCAUAUCGCUUCUAUUGUUUCAUCUCAUUGUUUCGAAAAGUUUCAAAAUGGACAAAUGUGAUUAAAUCAACUUGCAAAAUCAAAUUUUCAAGUUUCCGAACUGAUCAUUUUAACAUUUCUACACGUUUUUAUAGCUUUGACCCUUAAUUUUAUGUUCAAAAUUUUAAAAUUUUUGUUUUGUAACUAACUUCUCUAAGUGUACAAUAUGAGCCCUUUUUUAAUCUAUGAGGUUAAUUUUGCCAUCAGUUGAAAUCAUUGAAACAAAUUGACGUUCUUGUUUGUAUAUUUUGGCUGAGUUAAAUUCAUGUUAGCAUCACAAUAAAUUGGAAUUCAAGUCUAUU